CCUGUACAGCAGGACAGUGCUCGCGGGCACUGCUGGAGGGGCCACCGGCUGCCGAGGGCCUGCACAGGGUGCAGCAAUGCUUAUCUCCACUGCCUCGAUGCCCCCUGAGCCGGCUGGCCCCUGUCCUCAGGGGCCCCCUGGGGCCCCACCGCCCUUGAUGCCCAAGCCUGGGAAGGACAACGUGCGUCUGCAGAGACUACUGAGGAAGGAGGCCCGGAAGAAGAUGGUGGGGGGCGGGCUCUCUGCCCCGCAGGGAGCUUUCCGCACCUCCCUGUCCCCUGUGAGCGAGGCCAGCCACGACCAGGAGACCACGGCCCCACGCCCCUCCGAGGCCCAGCAUGUGGUGGCCACCCUGGCCCGUGCCCCCCCCACGCCCGUCAUCCAGCAUGUGGUAUUACCCGUGCAGAAGCCCUCCUUCUCCCUCAGCUUCACGCAGUGCAGGAGUCUGGCAGCUCACUUCCAGGCCCCGGGGCCCCAGCCCACAGCCCCAGCCCCAGAAGACCCCUGGCCCCACAGUGGCUUUGCCCAAGUCUCGGCCACCGCAGUGGGGGGCACCCACGUCAGCCAGGUGCACAUCCAGCUGGUGUCGUCCCCACAGGCUGGGACCCCUGAGCCCCCUCGGACGGCCCCAGAUGGGGGGCCUGGUGGCCACGACCAAGACACAGUCCCCUGCCCUCCUGGGACCCAGCCCUCGAUCCCGGUUGCCCACAUCCGCCCGCUUCCUACCAGGGCCCCAGCUGCCAGGCCCCGGCCUGAGGUGCCCCCUGUGCCCAAGCCGCCCCCCGGCUUCCAGGCCUCGGGGCCCAGAGAGGGCAGCAGCCGGGUUGUGGUACCUGUAGUCCCCACCUACUGCUCGCCGGUGCCCUCACCUUGCGGGCCAGCGCCUGCAGCCCCUGAUGCUGAGCACCUGCAGGACACCCCCACGGCUGUCCCUGCCGCCGAGGCCAAGCAGGUCUCCAGCCUCCAUGGGGCCUCAGCCUCCACCCCGCCGGCAGGCCCCCACCCCUGCCCUAUCCCCAAAGUCGCGCCCAAGCCUCGUAUCAGUGGCUGGACGCGCCUCAAGAAGCAGCUGAUGCAGGAGGCAGAGGAGCCCCCGUUCCUGGGCCCGGAACAGAAGCCCAAGCUCACGGAGCAGGAAGUGACAGCCCCUGCCCACUGGGUGCCCCGGCCCCCCGCCUCCCGGGCGUCAAGGCUGUGGGACGCGGUGCUGUACCGUGUGUCGGUGGCCGAGUCCCGCGGAAGCUCAGAGGGACCCAGGGACGAGGGGCGCCCCCUGGCUGGCCUCAGCCGCCUGCCCUUCCUGUGCCGCCCCCACUUCAACGCCCGGAAGCUGCAGGAAGUGGCCACCCGGCCUCCCCCGACCAUCCACUCAGUCCUGGAGUUGAGCCCCCAGCCCAAGAACUUCAACCGGACCGCGACCGGGUGGAGGCUCCAGUGAAUGGCCAGCGGGGCGGCCCCAGGGCCCAGUACUAUGGAGUGGACAGAGGGGACUGAAGGUCCAGUUGGGAGCCGCAGCCACUGAAGAGGGCCGCAGGACCAGAUGGACCUGGGAGGGGCCGACUGGGGGCUAAGGGAACCUGGGGGUGGCUGGGCGGUCAGGGGGGACAGGUCCAGUGGAUGGAGCAUGGAGGAACAGGGAGGGGGGUGGGGCAAGGCUGGCAGCAGGUGGGGGCAGAGAGGGGUCGGUUUCUGUGUGCGGAGCGUGGGGGCUUUCAGUGUGAAUGAAGCCCAGUGGGAAACGCCCACAUCUACUGUGAGGCACACAGCUGGACAGACUGACCGGUGUGGAGGGUCUGCCCCAGUCUCCAGGGAAGCCUGGCAGGGAAGGAGGGAGGCCAGACUCAGCCUCUGGACACUCUGGGCUGUGAACUGUGAGGCUGAUGGGAGAGGGGCACGGAGGUCCUUGGGGAGGUCUCUGGACUCAGGAGGGAAGCAGCGUAGAAAGGGGGCUGGCUGACCCACCCCCCCAGGACGUAAUGGGUGCUGUGAACGGAUCCUGGGACCCAGGCCACUAAUAAAGUGUGUCACGCCAUGGCAGUGGGUCACCUUUCUGACUACACCAGAUGAGGGGGACGGUGCUGGAAACUGGAGCAGCCCCAUUGGGGCAGGAGGCUGACACCCAGGUUCGGGCCCCUUUCAGACCCCCAGCGGGACCUGAGCUCCCAGGGCUUCAUCCCAUGGACUUCCUACGAUGUCAGCCCUUCAGUGGCGGGGGACACCUCACCUGCCUACGGAGCCCAGUGCGGGUGUUGUGGCCUCUUCCCACAAGGGAGUUUGAGCUCCCCCCUCGGAGAAGGGCUGAGUGGGGUGGAGGCCUCGAAAGGAACAGGGUAGGGUCCGAUGUCAGAUGGGGUGGGGGCAAAUCCCCAGGGGCUGGGAGACUGAGCAGUCCGGGUCCUGGCCAGCUCUGAGGCUGGGCAUUUGGCCCUCCCAGGCUCCCUUGUAGCCUGUGACACGGGCAAGCAGGCCUUGUCCAUGCUGCCACGUUCCCAGAAUGGCCCACUUUACCCACAGCAAGUGGCCACUGCCC